CUUGUAGGUUUGUUAGUGCACCUGGGACGAGCAGCAUUGAUGUGAUUUGUGCGGAUUUAGUCUUGCGUUUAACCGAUAGUAGUGCAGUUUUGUUAAAUUCCCAUUUUGUGAACAUGAAGCCUGUGGAAGCAAUAAGGAUAACGUGCAUAGUGCUAGUGGCUGGAGUCAUAAAUGAAAUCAAUGGUCAAUCGGAUUACUGUGAUCCAACAUUGUGCAAGAACAAACUAACUCAUGUAGGAUGUGGUAAGACCGACAACUACGGUCCAUACUGCCCGGUCGAUAGGCAAUUGGUACCAAUGACGGAAGAGGUGAAAACCUAUAUCCUGGAUCUGCACAACGUGUUCCGAGCCAAUGUAGCGCGUGGUGAGGUGACAAACUAUGCACCCGCUUCUCGGAUGCCUACACUGGUUUGGAAUGACGAGCUGCAAAAGCUAGCCGAGUACAACGUUAAAACUUGCAUCUACGGCCACGACUAUUGUCGCAACACGAAGGAUUUUCCUCUCGUUGGCCAAAACAUUGCCGCGAACUCCUUCUACGGGAUGGAAGUGACUCCAUUGGAUACCAUGACCGAACUGCUCUCCAGUUGGUACGGGGAAAGCGAUAAUGCUAAUCAGGAUUAUAUCGAUUCAUAUCCGCUGCUAGGACAAGAUCCGCCAAAGGAUAUUGGACACUUUACGCAGAUCGUGAUGGAUAAAGCAACGGCUGUCGGAUGUGCUAUGAUUCAGUAUACCCAGAACGAGCAGGGUCACGAUUGGGUGCAUCAGAAUUAUGUUUGCAACUAUUCAAACUCAAUCGCUCGCGGUCAUCCGGUUUACGUGAAGGGCAAUCCUUGCGAGCAAUGCGUCACAGGGUGCAGCACAAGUUAUCCUGGUCUUUGCAAUAUCGGAGAGCCGGUACAGCCAACGGCAGCAUGGUGAAUUUGUUCGUUGUGUGGCUGACCCAUCGCCAUCGGCCAACAGGCUGAAUUGCCUUUCCUAUAUUGAUUUGCUACUAUUUAUUGUUACACUCGCGCAUUUCAUCCAUUUCACAUCAUUGUAAGGCAGCGAAGGAGAAUACUAUUAAAAGUACCGAUCUUUGAUACGAG